AUGCUGAACAUCCUGCUGGCCAUUUAUUUGUGCCAGUUAGGAAAGGCAGCUCUUGUAUGGAAUACGGGUGGUGAAGUAGCGAUAUUUAUAUCCAUUGCGAUACCUAUUGAUCUUCCCACACGUCAUGUCUUUUUGUCGUAUAAUUUUGAGGCCAACUACAGGCUGCCACGAACCUGGCAUAAGGAACGGGCUCAUUUUCGCCGUGAUAAUGGCACUCAUAUAAGCCCAAUUAAUGGUCCUGUCGAUGACUUUGAAGAUUACUACGACGACUACGAUGAGGAGCAACAGCACAAGCGCAAAAAACCAAAGCCACCAAAGCAUAAAAAACCAAAACCACUGCACCACAAACCACCCAAGCGGAGAAACAAGCACAAAUUGAAAACAAAGCACAAACCCAAACCAUCCGCGGAUGACGACAAGAAUUUCUUUGCGGGAUAUCCGGACGAGGUUGUAGCCAGACAUCGACGGGAGAAUUCGCUACUCUCACGCAGCAAGUUCUAUGAGAUACUCAGUCGACGAUUUGAACAGCAUGGCUUUGGCAGCGCUGAUAGCUGCCUGUUGCGGCUCAUCUGUGAGGCGAAUGGCGCGAAUAUGGGCGAGAUUAAUGGUGUACUGGGCAGUCUGAUGCAUGUGAUGUUCAGUCCGAGCAGUUCAUACUACGAGGCCUUGCCCAUGAGAUACUACAAUGCUGAGUUUGAUGGCCAGCAGGAUAAGUGCGAAGCUUACCAUGCCAAAUGUAGCCGCAGUGUGCUGGACUUGAUAACACGCCCUCUGAUCGACUAUAUAAGCAAUAAACGGCCAUUACUUUAA